GACACAGCACACAUCAUGGUUGCCAUCAGCCGAGUCUACCUGCUCACUCUGCAGGCAAUGUUAUUAGUGAGCGCCAAAUCUACCACCUCUGAAGUUACCACCAAUUUCAGCACGUCCUCAUCCUCUACAUCUACCGGCUCCGACAACAUCGUGAUCGUUACUUCGGCCUCCGAAGUCGUGCCAACCGGCAGUUACCUCAGCUACACCACCACCAUAACGCUCGCCAAGAAUGAAUCGAUCUCAACUACUUCAACUGCCACUACUUGGUCCAACUUCACCAACGCCAAUGACACAGGAACAGCAACCAGCUUGACUACCACAACCGACACAGCGGUUCAGUUGAGUGGCACGAGGGUGGUGACAAGCAGCAGCACUGUCACAGCCACGACGGGCACCAACACGCAGGCCUGCAAUGGUUAUAUGGAAUUCUGCGAACGGAAAUACUCAAAUAUCACCAUGGUCACAGCUCACAAUAGUCCCUUCGUCAAAAAGAACAACCUUGCCGCCAAUCAGGCGUACACGGUGCGCACACAACUCAACGAUGGUGUGCGUAUGGUAUCGUUCGAAGCACAUUAUUACGAGGAGGAAAUUUACCUCUGCCACACAUCGUGCGACUUACUGAAUAUGGGCACCCUGCAGAGUUACCUCACCACGAUCACCGACUGGGUGAAGGAGAAUCCUUACGAUGUGGUGACGGUAAUGAUUGUCAACUCCGAUUACGUAGAUCCCGCCAACUUCAGUGGCCCCAUCCAAAAUUCUGGUUUGAUCGACUACGUGUACGAGCCGUGGAAGAUCCCAAUGAAUGUCAGUGACUGGCCGACCUUAUCCGAGAUGAUAUUGAGCGAGCAGCGCGUGGUUGUGUUCAUGGAUUACCAGGCCGAUCAGAGCUCGAUCCCCUAUAUUCUAGACGAAUUCAGCCAGAUGUGGGAAACCCCUUUCUCCCCUCUCAACGCCUCAUUUCCCUGUACGGUGCAGCGACCACCAGGAAUCACCGCCGCGGAGGCCGAGGAGUGCAUGUACAUGGCCAAUCAUAAUCUUAAUAUUGAGGUCCUCUUGGAGGGCAUUAAGAUCCUCAUUCCGGACACUGCUCAAUUGAACACCACCAAUGCGAUCUCCGGGUAUGGGAGUCUGGGUCUUAUGGCCAACAAUUGUCGCUCCAAAUGGGAUCGUCCCCCAAAUUUCCUCCUGGUCGACUACUACAAUGACGGCAACUUUCCAGGAUCAGUCUUUGAGGUUGCGGCGCAGAUGAACAAUGUCACGUACAACGGCAAGUGUUGCGGCGCGAAAACAAACUUCUUCAAUAAGACAUACACGGUAUAG